AUGCCUAAGAAGAGGAAAAUGCCUAAGAAGAGGGUGAAAUGGAAGGAAGAAGAAGUAGACGCCCUCAUUCGAGGCGUCAAGAAAUAUAAAGAAGGCGAUUGGGUUGGUAUUUUAAAUGAUCCAGAAUUCGCACACCACCUGGCUUUACGUAACAACCAACAACUCAAGGAUAAAUGGCGGAAUAUCAAGAACCAUGUUCCAAGUGAUGCAGGAAGUUCCGAGCCCGCCGAGGAGGGGAAUAAGAAAAUUGAAGAAGGAGAUGCCCAAGAAAAGCAGAGCCUUGUCUCUGAACUAGAGGCAGCUCAGAAGAAGUGCAAUGAUAUGGCUCAGCGCAAUGCGGAUUCGUAUCCCAUCAAAAAGUUCCGCCUCACUUGCAAAAGUUUUAGCGUGGAUCCCAUCUCAACAUCGCUUAAUGCCGUCAUUGGCCCCCGUCUUCAGGAACUAUAUCUCAGCCUUACAGUAAAUGUGAUGUUUAGAAUGAACUUGCCUAAAGCCAUAUUCACUUGUACAUCACUGACGUCCCUUGUCUUGAAACAUGAUAUUUCAUUGUAUUAUGGUCCGGAGUUUCCAGAUGUAUAUCUGCCAUCCCUCAAGAACCUAGAGUUGCAAAUUGACGAAGUGGACAACAAGCUUUUUUCUGGCUGCCCUGUUCUUGAAAAUCUUAAGCUCAUUCUACAGUACUUGAGCCCAGUCUGCCCAAAAGGUUAUGUUUAUAUACCUACAAUUCAGAUGCCUCAGACAUUGAAGAGUUUAACCUUUGAAGAUUACUCUACCAUGUGUGAUGAGAUGAACCAUCGUGUGAUAGACACACCAUCUCUUGAAUACCUCCAUCUGAAAAUAGUGACGUCGGUGUUUUCUGAGCUACACAUGUCGGUUAGCCAUUUUCCCAAGAUGGUGGAGGCACAUGUUGAUAUUCAGGAAGAUCAGUCACGUGUUGAUAUUAAUGAUGCAUUUGUUGAACAUGUCUGCUGGGUGCCCAUGCUUCUCCAGGCACUUCGUGAAACAGAGUUGUUGACAUUGAAACGUUACACAACUAUGUGCUUAUUUGGUGCUCCAGCUUUUGAGUUUCCAGAAUUUCACUAUUUGAUCUAUCUAGAGCUUGAUUUUCAAUUUUUCAACACAAACUUCCUGCUAAACUUCCUUCACAGCUGUCAUGUACUUGAAGCUCUCGUAAUUUAUAAUUGGGAGGAACCCUAUCUCCUCCCCAUGGACUAUAAUGGACCAACACCACCAACCAUGGUUCCCAAUUGUGUGACAUCACAUCUCAAGAAUUUUGAGUUUAUAGAAUAUCAAGACGCUGCAGAUGAGCAUGAAUUUAUUGCAUAUCUUUUACAAGGAGGACUUGUUUUGGAGACAGUUAACAUUCAAUUUAAAUCCAAGUUAGACCUAGAGACAAAGUACAAUAUUGUCCAGGGUUUAUCUGCUAUACCGAGGGGCUCUACAAUAUGUCGGUUAAAAUUUCUUUGA